GCGGCUCCUGCGCGGUCCCUUCCUGACUGUCUGGUCCGGGUUGAGCCUGUCUGCAGCCCUCCCCUCUCUACUUCCCCGCCUCCGUCUCCCCACCGGUCUUCGGUCCUUAAGAGGGAGGGGGCUGCUGCAGUUGGGCAAAACUGAGGCGGAGGGAAGUUGUGAUUGUCGAAGCCGCAGAUAAAAUGCUUGGUUCUCAAGAUAAUCUCCUCCUUGAUUGCUUAGCAGCUGAAACAGCACCCCACACAGUUCCUCCUGCCCUUUAGGAUAAUCUGUAUUUACAACAUCACGCUGCCAUCUUCCAUUUGGGCCAAUUUCAAGAAUAAACACAAGCAUGCAUGCAAUUUGUAAGCUUAGAUGUUGCAUCAAAAAUUUGGUUCACUAUAUUGGAACAUCUAUGGUAUGAACUAUGGAAAGUGAGCGUACCUAAGGGGAAAGACAAGCCCAAGAGAGAAGACAAAGCAGAAAGCAAUUGAACGUCCCAAGUGGCUGCGACCCAGGGAAAGGAUGCUGGCUACCGAAUGGUUCAUUAGAACUACAUUUUAGAAAGGGAAACAGUCUCAGCGGGACAGCUUCCGUGGCUUCCAGAUUCACCAUGGCCCUGAUUCUCUGGUUGGACGGCUGAAGUCACUGUGGGUCCAAUACUUGCUUUUUGUCUUUGGCCGGUCUCUUGGUACCAUCUGCUCACAGGAUCUGGUGGGAAUCAUAUGCUACCAAAGGUUGGAAUCCAGAGAGAGAUGGACUCUGACAAGCUAAAAUGGAAGUAACUUGACAGCUUCAAUCCCUCCAGUUGCCUCUUGUAAGGACAAGUUGAAAGUGGGAACACAAACGUGUCUGGGAGAGCAGUAUGCAGGAAGCUGGUUUUCAGGCCACAAACGCUUUCACAGAGUGCAAAUUCACCUGCACCAGUGGUAAAUGCUUGUAUCUUGGCUCUCUGGUCUGUAACCAACAGAACGAUUGUGGGGAUAACAGUGAUGAAGAGAACUGUCUACUGGUAACCGAACAUCCUCCUCCUGGCAUCUUCAACUCUGAACUGGAGUUUGUCCAGAUCAUUAUCAUCAUUGUUGUGAUCACGGUGAUGGUCGUGGUGAUCAUUUGCUUGUUGAAUCACUACAAGCUCUCAACACGGUCCUUCAUCAAUCGGCAGAGUCAAAACAGGAGGCAAGAAGAUACUUUGCAGCCGGAAGGGUGCUUGUGGCCUUCAGACAGCUCCGUGCCGAGGCAGGCUGCGUCAGAGAUUAUGUAUGCUCCCCGGACUAGGGACAGAUUUACUGCCCCAUCAUUUAUGCAGAGGGACCGUUUCAGCCGCUUCCAGCCCACUUAUCCUUAUGUACAGCAUCAGAUUGAUCUUCCUCCCACGAUCUCCCUCUCUGAUGGGGAGGAGCCACCGCCAUACCAGGGACCCUGUACCCUGCAGCUUCGGGAUCCUGAACAGCAGAUGGAACUCAAUCGAGAAUCUGUCAGGGCCCCACCCAACCGAACUAUAUUUGACAGUGAUUUGAUAGAUAUUUCUAUGUACAAUGGGGGCCCAUGCCCACCAAGCAGCAAUUCGGGCAUAAGUGCAACCAACUGUAGCAGUAACGGAAGGAUGGAAGGACCACCCCCAACUUACAGUGAGGUGAUGGGUCAUUACCCUGGCUCCUCUUUUUUCCAUCACCAGCACAGCAACACCCAGAGGGGAAGCAGACUUCAGUUACAGCAGAACAAUUCAGAGAGCACAAUAGUACCUAUCAAAGGCAAAGACAGGAAACCUGGGAACCUUGUCUGAAUUCCUCCUCUGGGCACUUGAGCGGAAGAGAAGAGAAACCAAUAGGAAAGGGCAGCCCAUAGGCCUGCCUCCUAUGCACAAUGUUUUGAAGUUUUACAUGGUACACCUGAGUAAAACCAAAUGUGCAAACGUGUUCUUUGUUUCUGAUUCCUUUCAGGGGAAUUGCAUGCAAAGUGGAUUGAAAUAUUACAGACUUCCAUUCAGGUUGACCAUGAACAGUGGCUUUUUUGGGGGGAAGGGGGGUUGGGGUGGCAGGAGGGAAGGAAGGAGGGAUAAUACUUUAACAAAAACCGUGAAAACAAAACCCACAAAGAUUAUUUGAAUUAUUUAAUUCUAAAAGGAAACUUAGCACAUAAACAAGGCCACUAAGGCUUCUUUUCUAUUGACUGAAUGGCAGAGAGAAAAGAAGAAAGUAUUACUAUGUGAUCAAGGGGAAGAAUUGGCCAGUUUACUUUUCCUCCCAGGGUGUGGAAUUUUUGUUUUGUUUUGUUUUUAAAAUAUGAAUCAAAAUUUCUGUUUUGUGUGCCAAGAUAUAAAGUGGGGAAAUUAGAUGAAUGCAAGGAAUUCAUUUGUGUUGUGAUAAAUGUGUUUUUAAAAGUUGCACUAUCUUAAUGUUAGAAAAAAAUAUAUAUAUAUAUAUAUGAGGGGAAUUGUUUUAUGUGAAGUUUUAUCUGUUGUCUCUUCACCUGUGGAUUAAAUAUUAGGCCUGAGGAAUACUCUAGAGGUAUCUGCCCCAUAGCCUCAAGAGAAGGGGAAUUGGUUGGUCUGUAGGGUUUUGCCUAUUGUCUACCAACUUUCCGAAAUCAAGAAAUGUGUAGAGCUCAUCCUUGCAAUAACAGACAUUAAAAUGACAGGGCAUCAUUGAGGCAUCUUGGAGGCUCUUGGAUGGAAGAUAGCAAAAUUUUAAUUCCAGCAUUUCUAACUUACAUAGUUUUAGCUAUUCUUACUACAAUUUUAGACUGAAUAUUUUAUUAAAAACAAAACUGAAAACCGGACACUAAAUUUCUAUGUUAACUUUGAGGAAAUGCUGCCACACUUCUCCUUUGGACAAUUUAAUAUCUUCAGUAUACAUUAAAAAAAAAAAGGCUUUGGAGCUUUUGUCUUCACCAUAGCCUGAAAUAUAUUUAAGUCACAUAUCCUGACAAUAUGCAAUAAAUUGCUUGAAAAUGCAAGGGUUUUGGGGGUCUUUUUGUUUUUUGUUUUUUAGUAAUAGGUUUGGAUCAUAGGACAGUUUGUUGUUGUUGUUGUUUUAUUUUUUUCUGACUCAGUCAGUAUAAAUGAAUAGUCCCCAGCAGUCACACUUCUCUAUCUUCAGCCUAUUCCUCAGAUGGUGUGAAGGAUGCUAGGUGGGCAAGGGGCUUGCAUAUUCUUGGAAACCACAGAAGAUGGCUCACCAGGCAGCACCUGGUAAGUCAUAUAGGUAGUCUUGGUCAAAAGUCAUUGACUUUUGCUAAGAUUGUCCCUUGCCCCCAAAAGGCAUUGUAGAGAAGGAUGGCUUUGUUGUCCCACCCCCAGGAUUUCACUCAGCACUUCCCCUGCAUGAAGGAAGGCCAAUAACAGAACAGUUGAAGGACGGCUGUAGUGACUUUGAGAACACAAAAUAAAAGCACAACAUGCACUUGAAAUGCAAUUAGGAAAUUAAGUUUGAACCAGUAGCAUUAGUCCUAGUCUAAAUAUUUCUGAUAUCUACAUGUAUUACUUCUCACUAGAAAGGGGGAAAAGUCUCUUUUAUUUUUCCUAUGGUCUUGAACAGAUUUCUUUCCUGACAGCAGCAUCUGAGUGCAUUGUAGUGAAGUACUGUAAUGGUAGCACCCAUCCUGGUUUGGGGAGGUUCAAUUUUUGUGGGACUUCUGCACAUGAGAAAAUGUGAUUGAAAUCCUGAUUAUUAAAGUGACUAUUUGAUCUAUGCAGAGUUUUAAUGCCAAAUCAGCAUAUGUGUAACUUGUGUUUGCUGUUUGUGAGUCUCUGGAGGUAAUUUUGUCAUGAGGUGACUUUGUGCUAUUCAGGUCUGAACAUGUGAGUGAUUGUAUUAGUAUCUAAAGUCCUGUUUCUUAUUAAUCCUAGCCUGGUUAUUUCUGGAUCUAAACUAUGACGGAGGCAGAGGGAGGAGGGUCUAACCCAUCUGCUCUACUUAAGGAGUUCUUGCCCUUUUUUGAGGAGUGAGUUGAAGGCACAUUCCUUUGUUAGCGUCCAUGUCUCUUGGUGAUGCCCACAGAACUGGCAUGACCCAGACAAAAGAGAGGGAGAAAGAUGGGCAGCCUCAUUCCCCAUUCUGUUGAAAAUCCUGGCUAGGGAAUGUGCAAAGGGAGGGCAGAUUAGAAAUUCUGAGACCAAAUUCAAUCACAGCUACACCUUUGGAGUCUUUGAGGAGGCUGCCUUAGAGUGAGCCAAUAAUGCCUAGCAUGUUAUCCCAAGAGCCUUGAAAUGGGACCAGUUUAAAUCUUCCCUACUGUUUUGGAGGCCUCCUGAAAGAUUAAGUCUGUUUAAAUAUGCCCCUCACACUCCUUGUUCAGAACCCAUGUGUUUUGUAUCUAUCAUUUCUAGCUCCCAUAAGCUUUUUUAAAAUUACCUUGGAGCUUCAUCUGUGAAAGAUGCCAAGAAUAACUUGUCUACUAUAGCAAAAAGCAUAUUCUAAUUGUCAGGUUAGAAUUAGAUAAUUAUUUGUUGUACAAAUAGUGAGCCACUCUGUCUAUAAUAAUCCUGUCAGAGGAUAUUUAAUUUGAUUACAUAGGUAGGUAUGCAUGUGGUGGUGUCAAAGACUCAUACCUCUUGACACCAUGAAAUCUGAGUGAAAGUCAACUAAGAAAGUCAUGAAGGAGAAGAGUAUUCCAAACAUUUCCUGUCAUUUUAAGCAAAGGGAGUAAAUCUUCAUCAUUGCAAUACUCAGUGGUUUCUGAAUAUUUACUUCUACUUGGCACAAGAAAAUAUUUGCAAAGGUAGCAACUUCAUCAGCUCUUUCUGGGAUCUGUGUGCUAAGAUGAUAAACCUUUAGUUUAGUUCAUAGCCCUGCAAACAAAUGGCAAACUUUCUUCUUUCAUUAUUGUUGGAAUAGAUAUUGUAAUGAUAAUUGGGAAUAGAUAUUUCUGUGUAUAAGUGGGGAGAAAAGGGAUUGGCAACCAGCAUAUCUUUUCAGUCACUGAAUCUUGGAGGUCACCAGAGUGGCAUUAGAAUUAACUUCUGAAUUGGAAAAUAAGAAGAAAUUAUAAGAUCAUGGAUUUAGAGUUGGAAGGGACUUUAGAGGUCAUCUAAUCCAAGCCCUAUUUUACAGCUGGGGAAGCCGAAGCACAGAGUGGUGAAAAGAUUUGUUCUAGGUCAUAGAGAGAGUAAAUAGAAGAGCCCAGAUGUGAGACCAGUCCUGUUGAUCCAAUGUUCUCUUCUCAUUGAACCACACUGCCUGAAGCAGUAACAAAACUACAUUUUCUCAAUUCAGAUAGGUCUUAAUCCAAAUAAUGGUCUUUGGUCAAUGUUUAUUAAAAUGACUUUUUUUUUAACUUAGGAAUAGGAAUGGUACUAAUCCCCUGCCUAAAAAAAAAGCAAGAACUAUAUUAAAACUCCAAUUGCCCAAAGGCCUGAUUUAGAUCGCUGGUUUUAAUUUAGGAUUCACCUUAGGCUCCUCCUGGAUGGUAGAGCUGAAGCAGAUAGUGUAAACCCAGGGACACUUAUUUAUUAUCAAGGAACCCCUAGAUACAAUUCAAAGAGACCUAGGGUUCUGGCGUACAGUCGUGGCUUUUGGCGUUUGGGGUAUUUUUGUUUGCAAGAAACAUGAGUGGGACCCUGAGCUCUUCUGAGGCCUGAGCAUCUCUGUGACCAGUAAUUGGGCUGUAGAGGAGAGUUCUGGGAAAGGUCAUCAGUACCUGAGCUUCCAGGGGUUGGUGCCCUGAGGCAUGAUGGAGCAGUUGCCUGCCACCGACCCACACCUUUGUUAAGCCAGUGAAGUUUCAGAAAUCAAUUUUUAGAGCCCAGGCCCAGUUCUUAUAAACAUCAAAAUAGUACUUUAAUGCAAAACAUGGAUUAUACAAAACUUGGGAAUUUUAAAGUAAGCCUAUUUUAAACCACAAGGUUAAAAGAAAAUGGACAAAUGUUCCUUUGUAGCACCUGGUUUCGAAACAGUUGAUAUGAUGAGAAGUCUUCUUACAUGUGUAUACUUGGCAUGCUCCUAGCCUAAACUCAUGUGAUAUAGGAAAAAGUGGUUACUAAUGAAACAUUUAGGGAGGAGUAAGGGGAGGUGGGGUGUCUGGAUCAGUGAUUCAAUCAAUGUAUUGGAACUCUUUUCUAUCAGGACAUCAGUUUUGCAACUUACAGCCUUGGAGGGUUGCCCAAGGGUACUGAGAGGUUAUGUCACUUUCUUAAGCUAUAAUAUUUAAAGGAAAGGACUUGAACCCAGGACUUACUGACUCAGACCACUUCCCUGUAUAAAUGCUCUGCAUCCCCACCUCCAAUGAAACUAUGGCUUCCUUGAUCACCAGCAUUAGGGAUGCAAAGAAUGUGUGAGAUUGCUUGUGCAGAUUUUAUAUGUAUGUGGAAGAUCCCAGGGCACAGGUGAAUGAAUACAUCUUAAGCCUUCUACUAUCCCCUUUUCUUUCCCUCACUUUGCAUUUCCUUUACAAUCCUUUCUGAUCAUCCCAGAAAUGAGAAGGUCACAUGAAGAAAGUACAUUUUAAGCACUUUGCUCUUGGUGGGGGACAGGUAGAAAGGGGAAAGGGAGAAAGAAGGAAAGGUGAUUUCAAACUACCUUACUUACCAAAUCAAUGAUUUUCUUUGUCAGAGUAAUAAUAGUGCAUCUUCCAUCCAACUGUUCUUUUUAGGAGGUGAAGUGGGGUGGGAGGAAGGAGGGAUAUCUAGAAAAAAUCCUAAGACUCCCUUAGUUACAUGGUGAGAGGACAGUCUUAAAGAAACUCAAAAGCACACAAUCUCAGUCUAAAGAAAAACCACCACUGUGGUGUCAAUAAUAACUCAACAGCACUUGUGUCUGAACAGAGGGUGAAUUCUAUAUGUCACUCAUUCAGUUCUUUUCUUGAUUGAAGGACUGUUAAGUCUUGACAUGUUUGGUGUUGCCUGUUUGCUUUGCUAUUUUCCAUUUUUGCUACUAAACUAUCCCAAAGGACUUAUAAAGCCUGCACCUAUCUGAAACUCUCUGAAAAGUGGUACAGUAUAAGGAGGGGAAGAACUUUCCAGGCAUCCCAACUACUACUCUGGAUUUGAACAUGUGGGCCAAAAACACUUUCCUGAAAAAAAAAUCAGCAGCUUUCCAUUAAACAACUUAAACCUGUUUUCCCUUUCUAAAAAGACUCACAACAGAAAUAAAGCUGCUGCUUGGACAUAAACUUUCCAGGGCAGAUAUAUAUGUAUUUGUUCAAAAUACCUCUCCCUAUGCUAAUACUAGGGAGACCUAAACUCGGGCCAGUGGCAGAGCUUGGGAGCAGGCCCACACCUAACCUUUUCACCUCUUUUUUUUUCUAUUACCUGUACCUCAUUUUCUUGAUGCAGGUCAAUAAAAUGUAUCUUGAAAGUAGGUAGUUACUAGCAAGUUUUCUUUUACCUUCUCAUUCCCUUAAUUCUACACCUCAUCAUUCAUGUCCUUGAGAAAUAGCCCUUCUCCCUCCAGUUCCCAUUUCCCACAGAAACUUCGAUUCAUAGAAUGUCAGAAUUGGAAGGGAUACCAGGGGCCAUUCACUCCAUUGUGUUCUCGAACAGGAAUCCACUGUACAACAUAAUCCCCCUGACAGUGGUCACUGGCUCAUGUGCCACUAGCCUAAGGCAUCCCCUUGGUGGCUAUUGUCUGGCCUGCAUUUUGUAUCUUCCAAUGAGUCCCUGCUGCUAUCAGGCUAACAGGACCUGUCUGAAGGAGCUCCAGAGAGUGGCCGCAGCCAACCCUAGGAAAAUGUGCUUCAACUUCACUUCUACUUUGCGAUGUUCUGUAUUUUGUUUUAGGCACCACCAUUUAGUGUAAUUUCAUUUAAGCACUGCAUCUUUGUGAGGUUUAAACACACACACACACACACACACACACACACACACACACUGUCAGUUACUGCUAGAGCUCACUGUGUGUGUCUGUCCUUUGCUUGUUGCUGCUACUGCUGCUGCUGCUUUCCUUGCUUGGGUGUGUUAGCUUUCUAAUUAAAAAAUGGGAGGGGCAGGAGUUUUGGUUAGGAAGCAGUUGUCUCCCUUUUAUCCUUUAGUAUUUUGCUUCAUUUUGUUGCUGGGCCAUCCUGUAGUGUGGUUGGGCUUAUAGCUAGACAUAGCAUAUAGACACACUAUACAUAUAUCAUUUCAAAGAAAUAUGCAUGUUAGUAGUUUGUAAGCAACUAAGGUGCCUCCUGUUCUCUGGUCUAAGCAAAAUUAGGAACCUAAUCCCACCCCAUUCCCUACCUUGCACUCUAUGCUCCCACCUUUGUCGUGCCUCACUUAAAAUGGUGCUUUUUAAGUUGUUGGUCUCUUCUGUUUUUAUUUGUAAGGUGCUGUAUAUAACUUGAAUAUAUUAUGCACAUAUCCUACCUACCCAAUGGGUAGAACAAAAAUGUUAAUACUGUAAAAUAAUGUAUAGGUGAUACCAAUUUUAAAAGAAUGGCAUAGAAUUUGUGAAUGCCUAUGUGCUUUGUCCUCUUUUGUAAGAAAAUUUACAAAUGGAUGCAUACAAAUAAAGUCUAUGUAGUUUA